GCUGACCGCCAGCCGCCUCCGAACUAUUUCCUGUUGCUGCAGCGUUAAUGCUAAACAGACCUUGCUCUCUCUUCCCUCACUUCAGCCAAAGUGCAGCGGCUCUGCCGGUACUCACUGGCCUUCCCACCCCGAUGCCAAGCAUGUGCCGUCCCUGGAGCCGCUGAGAACUGCCAGGGACAGGAUGGAGAGUCGCCGGAGGGACAUGGAGCUGCUCAGCAACAGCAUGGCCGCGUACGCCCACAUCCGAGCCAACCCCGAGAGCUUCGGGCUCUACUUUGUGCUGGGCGUCUGCUUCGGGCUGGUGCUCACCCUGUGCCUGCUGGUGCUGCGCUUGUCCUGCCGGCCCUCCCCGCGGCCCCCGGCGCGCCCCGGCGACCUCAGCGAGGACGACGAGGACGAGGACGAGGGGGACGAAGAGGACACCGUCGACCGCGCAGCGUCUGAAUCGCUGCUGCCGGUGACCGAGAUCCCGCUGGAGGGCCACGGCCCCGGGGACGGGGCGCUGGCCGUGAAUGUGUUCGCGUCGGCCGAGGAGCUGGAGCGGGCGCAGCGGCUGGAGGAACGUGAGCGCAUCAUCCGCGAGAUCUGGCGCAACGGGCAGCCCGACAUCCUGGGCUCCGGCACCAUCGGCACCCUGGGCCGCGUCCACUACUACUGAGCCCGGCAGCUGCCCUGGCACGGGCUCUGCUCCCGCACCACUGGACCCACACCGUGCCAGGAGGGACCAGGAGGACAGCGGGGCUGCUCGCUGCCCCUGAGCUGGCGGAGCUGCCUUGCAGCACGGAGACAGACCCCGGUGUCACGGGCACCCCCGGGGCUGGACUCGCCCCAGCCACUGUGGGACACGGUGCACUUUGAGCCAUUGGUACGGCGGCUGGCACCAGCCGAGCAGCCGCGGGACACGCGGGGCAGGGACAGGACAGAGCAGCCCUUGCUGCCCGGCUCAGCCGGGAUCUGCCGGGGGUUUCACCCCGUGGGGCACGGCCGGGCUGUGCGUCCGUGUGAGCCGUGGGCCCCUGCCCCACAAAUAUGGUGCUGUUCUACACGAACUAGAGCACAGCGUGGCGGGUCUGGCGUUCUGGGGGGCCCUGGACACAGGGACGGUCUCGGCCCCUCCCCGAGCUAAUUUCUUUCCUGGCCCCACUAAAAUUAGCCGGGUCUUUUCCGGCACCGCCCGCCGUGACCCAACGCCCUGCGGCCGGACCGAGGCGGAUGUUCCUGCUGGACUUUGGGCCGGCCGCUGCUCCCCAGGGAUGCGGCAGCUCCCGCCGGGCUGGGCUGCAUCCUGCCCCCACUCACAGCCCCGCUGGGUGCAGGGCCCCCCUUCCCCUGCAGCUAUAUAAAAAUAGCUCCUUCCCAGGCUGGUUCCCGCCCCCCCCCGGCGCCAGCGCCAGCAAGAUCCAGAUGUUUUCCAAUGGCUGGAAGCCAGGAUGGGCUGGGGCUGGGACUGGAGCUGGCCUGGGAAACUGUGCGGGGGUGGAGGCGGAGGAGGGAGAGCUGGAGGGAGAGAAGGAGGAGACCCUUCCCCAACCCUGCCCUGGUGGGACUCCUUGUGCCACGGUGGGACCCUUUGUGCCUGGCAGGACCAGCCCAGCCCUUCAGGGGCAUGGCAGCCAACAGCAGAGCCCUGAGCAGCCCCCACACAGCACUCUGUACCCAAAACAGUUUAUUUUAAACAAUUUCUAUAGAUCCAGGGGCUGUUAUGCUUCAAGGAGCAGUGUCUGGGUGUGGGGUGGGCAUUUGUACCCAAUGGGUGCAGAACUGGGCUGGGGACAGC